AGUUGUUGACAGUACCAUUCUAUGAGCCAAAAACUUGGGUAUUUCCUCGUUUUCUUUAUCGGAAAUAAACAAUCACUUCGUCUAUUACUUCAAGGGAAAGCUGAUGAAAGCUCUUGAUUGGUUCAUUUAACUUCAAAAUGGCUGAAUCAUCAGACGUAGACGAAGAGACUGUCGAGAGCCAGCUGACCGCGGAAAGCAUCAAAGUYAUAGCUGAAUCUGUGGGCAUUAACAAUCUUAAUCACGAUGCUAUUACUUUACUGAUGGACGAAGGGACCUAUAGAUUAAAACAAAUAACGCAGGAAUCAGCAAAGUUUAUGGAGCAUUGUAAGAGGAGAAAGCUUAGCACCAAAGAUGUUGACAAUGCUUUACGAGUACAGAACAUUGAGCCUUUGUAUGGUUUCCGAGCUCCAGACUUCAUCCCAUUCAGAUUUACAAGUGGCGGGGGCCGAGAGGUAUAUUAUUAUGAAGAUCCUGAAAUCGACCUUAAYGACAUCAUGACAUCACAGUUACCACGGAUACCAGUGGAUGUUACCUUAAAGGCUCAUUGGUUAAGCAUUGAAGGAUUACAGCCAGCAAUUCCAGAAAAUCCACCUCCAGCUCAAGUCAAACUAUCAAAAGAGGAAACCAUGAAACAAASCAAUGAUUCUAGCAAACCUGGGGCARUUCAAAAUGCUCCCCAGAAAAAAAAUACAAUUAGUGAAGUUACUUCAAAGUCUKUAGUCAAAAAGCCAGUGAAACCAAGUGUGCGUCCAGUAAAAACUGGAGCUUCAGGUGACACUACCACUGAAGGAGCAGAGAGUUUCAAGGGAGUUGUUACACAUGAAUUGUCUGUGGAACAGCAGUUAUACUACAGRGAAAUAACAGAGGCCUGUGUUGGAUCCUGUGAAUCAAAACGGACAGAAGCUUUGCAGAGYUUAGCUACAGACCCAGGCUUGUACCAAAUGCUACCAAGAUUUUGCACCUUUAUAUCAGAAGGGGUGAGAGUCAAUGUUGCUCAGAAUAAUCUUGUUUUACUGAUCUACCUGAUGAGAAUGGUGAAAGCACUUUUGGACAACUCAACACUUUAUCUAGAGAAAUAUUUGCAUGAGUUAAUCCCAGCUGUGGUGACUUGUGUUGUCAGUAAAAAACUUUGCUCCAAACCAGAAGUUGAUAACCAUUGGGCCUUGAGAGACUUUGGAGCAAGACUUAUAGCACAGAUCUGUAGGACAUUUAAUUCAACUACUAAUAGUGUUCAAACAAGAGUAACAAAAACGUACUGCAAGGCACUACAGCAAAAUAAAGCUCCUUUAGCCACACAUUAUGGGGCAAUAACAGGACUAGCUGAACUAGGACAAGAAGUAAUCAAAGUACUAGUUAUUCCAAGAUUAAAAACAGAAAGCACACUUAUAUACAAAGCUUUACAAGAACCAGACGUGGUGGAGAAAAAUGCUGCAGAAAACUUAAGAAAUCUUUUACUUAAACACUGCCCUGGUGUGGUGAUACGUAUGCGACACCCCCCUGACAUCCCAGAGAAGUUUGAGGCAGAUUAUGGCAGCAUUGGUCGUGUCUUAUGCACAAAAGUGGCUCAGCUCAGACAAGGAAUAAGUGCUCUCAAACCAAAUUUACUAACUUUGAAAACUAAUUCCUUGACACCUACCACGCCCACUACCCCAACAAGUACCCCUCUUUUGAUUGUAACAACUGGACUCUUACCAACAACCCCUACUAGUCCUGCAGUAUCCACUCCAGUCUCACUUGCAGCUAGUAGUUCAAGUACCCCAUCAGGCCCUGUAAAUGUUACUAAAUAGAUUACAACUAUUUAAAAUAUGUAGCUCUUAUUUUGAYAACCAAAGGCUGAUAUAGGAAGAGGUAGUUCACAGAGAUAUUGACAUACAAGACACAUACAAGACAAGUCUGUUUUGUGUCUGUAAUCUAUUUUCACCUGCAUCCAUAAUGUAUCUAACAUAAUAAUGUUAUGUUUAAAUAAAACAUUAUAAAACAAGAAACAUUUUGAUCUUGUU